CUAGCCAGGGCAUGUUAUGCCGAUGCAGACAUCUAUCUGUUGGAUGAUCCCCUUUCGGCCGUUGAUGCCCACGUUGGACUACACAUACUGAAUGAAGUGUUAAGCAGAUCUAAGGGCCUGUUGUCUACUAAGACAUGCAUCCUGACCACGCACAGUUCCAAAGCCCUGGCGUUCUCCGACCGAGUGGGCCUUCUGUCUGACGGGCAGGUUGUCGAACUGGGAACCUACCGGCAGCUGGUACGCUCGCGGCAUGGUCGACUGAAUGAGUUUCUAUCAACCACGUCCGACCAAGAUUCGGAAACCAAUAACACCCAAAUGACGACAGACGGCACACCAGAGAAACCGGGUCAAUCCAACUCAAAUGCGCUGGCACACAGCCGAGGACAGACGGGUGGAGCUACAAAGCCUCUUGAUCAGUCUAGUACUGCCGGUCGACAAACUGUAUCAAAUAAUCCGGAU